GUGGUGGGUGACACUUCGGCGGAAAUGCAACUUCAUUUACUGAAAUGGAGUUUGCCAUCGAGAACACCUGGGACAGCAACCCUGUGGAUCAUGACCCCAUCAGGAUUGUCUUCUCUGAUGGAAAAGCAGGGUUAAAAAUGGAAGUGUUCGGUCCGUUCUUCAACGAUCCAGCAGCUCCUCCAGUGGAACCAGGUCUGUCUUUCCCUGGACUCUGGAAUUACGAAGUUGUGGAGUCCUUCUUUCUUGAUAGCACGACGGAAAAUUACCUUGAGGUGGAGCUUUGCCCGCAUGGACAGCACCUUAUACUGUUACUGUCAGGUGUCCACCAUGCAUUCAUGCAACAACUUCCAAUGAUGUUUACAACCACAACCACAGGAGAUACGUGGAAGGGUGAGGCUCUAAUCCCAUGGUCAUACUUCCCUCCCAACGUCAACAAGAUGAACUCGUAUGCCAUUCAUGGCUCAGGAGAGGAGCGCACAUAUGAGGCUCUUUUCGCCGUCCCCAAAGAAGACCUUGUGGAAGGCCAACAGCCCGACUUUCACCGCCUGGAGUAUUUUAAAAAUUUCCGCCUGCAGAGCAUCAUGGGAGAGGAUUGGGUCCAGCCAGAAUCCGAUCUGUGGAAGGGAAAGGCCUGAGUUUGACCAAAAUGCUACUUUUGUCUUUUUUAAAUAAUUUUCUUUUGCACCAACAGACACACAAAGUCACCACAGCAGCAACAGGGCAAAAGUGCAAAUAGUCUUUGACAGCGAACAAAGGGCGAUCAAUCUUUAUUACUUAAUGAUGCAAAACGAUAUGACAAGAAAUGCAUUAUCAGCUUGUCAGACUACAUUAGACUUCACACACGUCUGUGCGAGCGCGCACACAUAUUUAUGCGAGCGCACAGACACGCAUCACAUGCUGGACAUCAGCUUAAAUUGCCUGAGCCAAGUGUGACCUACAGCGCUUCUGAUGUGCUUGGUGAUGAGGGAUGCUCAUUCUGACAUUCAGCUCCUGCGUAGCCUGAAUUUUUCACUUUGUUGAGAUAACACGCUACAAAUCUUGUGAUUCUUUACGCUCAUUUUUAGGGAACACGCACACAAACGAUGAUGCACGCGUCACUUACGUGAAAGAGAAAUUAAAUCUUGUUUGUAAUGGCAAUGUUUUUUUUAUGAUGAAUGUAUAAUG